CGCAUACUGCUUGUCCCGUGAAGACAUCUCGCCUUGUAACUUAGACGACGCUCUCUCGCUAGGCGUUCACCACUCUCAUUUUCUUGUCCUUCAUAGGGCGUUCGUCCCUUGGACUUGUCUUGCUGCUUGUCUUGCCAGGACGACGGCACUCGACGUGUAACGAUGGCUUCAUCUACGAACAUCAAGGUCGUAUGUCGGUUUCGACCAACUAACGCAAUAGAACAACGAGAAGGUGGAGAGGUUGUGGUAGAAUUCGAUGAGAACCUGCGGACGGUGCACAUGAAGUCCGCCCAGGUCAUGGCUGGACCGGAAAAGGAUGGCUUCACGUUCGACCGCGUCUUUCCAUCAGGCACGAAACAACACGAAGUGUUCGAUUACGGUGUGAAAGAUAUUGUAAGGGAUGUUUUGGACGGAUAUAAUGGCACGGUCUUCGCAUAUGGACAGACUGGAAGUGGAAAGACUUUCACGAUGAUGGGUGCUGACAUAGACUCCCCAGACCUAAAAGGUCUUAUACCACGGAUAACGGAGCAAAUCUUUCAGUCUAUUGUAGAGUCAGACGCGCACCUAGAGUAUCUGGUCAAGGUGUCUUACAUGGAAAUCUAUCUGGAGCGCAUACGAGACUUGCUCGCACCACAAAACGACAACUUGCAAGUACACGAAGAGAAGUCGCGCGGUGUAUACGUGAAAAACCUGUCAGACUACUAUGUUAGUAGUGCGCGGGAGGUCUACGAAAUCAUGCGGCAGGGUGGCGCGGCACGAGUAGUGUCGUCAACUAACAUGAACGCGGAAUCGUCGCGAUCACAUUCUAUUUUCCUUAUCACCAUCAACCAGAAGAACAUCGACACGGGUGCCCAAAAGACUGGUAACUUGUACUUGGUCGAUUUGGCUGGUUCCGAGAAGGUUGGAAAGACUGGUGCUUCUGGACAGACUCUUGAGGAAGCCAAAAAGAUCAACAAAUCCCUCUCCGCCCUUGGCAUGGUUAUCAAUGCUCUCACUGACGGAAAGGCGAAGCACGUACCGUAUCGUGACUCCAAGCUGACUCGUAUCCUCCAAGAAUCGCUCGGUGGCAAUUCACGGACAACAUUGAUCAUCAACUGCUCGCCCUCAUCUUACAACGAGUCUGAGACUCUCUCCACCCUACGCUUUGGUAUCCGUGCCAAGUCUAUUAAGAACAGCGCUCGUGUCAACGCAGAGCUGUCUCCGCUCGAGCUCAAGGGCUUGCUUGCCAAAGCACAGGCUGCCAACACCAAGCACCAGCAGUACAUCGCUGCUCUCGAGGCAGAGCUCGCUGUCUGGCGCUCCGGCGGCCAUGUCGAGCAGCCCGAGUGGGCUACGUCCGACAAGGCAGGCGCUGCUCUUCCUAAGAAGACGCCCACAUCGCCGACGCCCUCGUCGACAAGGAGCAUGACGCCGGUCAACCCGACUCUAGAGGGUCUCCGCUCAGAGACGGACAGCCGACCGCAGACGCCGACUGUCGUCGGUUUGGACAAGGACGAGCGCGAGGAGUUCUUGAAACGGGAAAAUGAGCUGAGCGACCAGCUCGCGGAGAAGGAAUCUGCCUUUGCCGCAGCGAGGAAGCUUAUUGAGGAACUUCGCGAAGAGCUCACAUUCCUCAAGGAGCAGGAAACUUCACUCUCCAAGGAGAACAAGUCGAUGUCUGGCCAGCUCAACGAGCUCCGCUUGCAAGUGGAGAGACUCGACUACGACAACAAGGAGAGCAUUAUCAGUAUCGAUAUUCUCAAGGAGCAGAACCAGGAUGGCAAGAAUGAGCUCGAGGAGCUCAAGAAGACCAUUGCGGACUUGAAGGCUGCCCAGAAGGACUCCUCCGCUGAGGACAAGGAGAAGAGGAAGCAGGAGAAGAUGGCCUUGAUGAUGGCCAAGUUCGACACGCAAGGUACCUUCUCCGAGAAGGACGAGCAGCUUCGCCAAAUUCUGGCCAAACUCGAUGCCAUUGAAGACGAGAGCGCUAUCUCAUCCUUGUCACACGACGACAUCGUCGCCGUUCGUAGACAGCUCGCUGAAGGCCAGACUCUUCUCCGCGACACCGUCGACCGUCUCCGCCAGACUCAAGAGGAGAAUGAGAUGCACUCUCGUCGCCGCGAUGAGCUCGAGGCUCGUAUCGCUACCCUCGAGGCCGAAUACGAGGAGCUUCUUGAGAAGACUAUUAACGACGAGGAAGUCAGCAACGUCGACGUCGCUGAGUCGAUGGCGGAGCUCAAGAACAAGCUCGAGGCUCAGUACACCGCGAAGCGUGAUGCUCAUCUCAGCGAGGCGCAGGAUCUCAAGCAGCAAUUGGACAUCCGGAGCAAUGAGAUCAGAAGUCUCAACGCCACAAUUGACGGCCUCAAGAGCGUGAACGAGGAGCUCAAGCGUGCGUUCGCUACGACCUCCGCUGGCAUUGAAGGCGGCAAGAACUUGGCUGAGUCUGCUCAGGAUUUGGAGAGGACACGCAAAGCAAUUAGCGUCCAACUGGCAGAGUUUGAUGGCGUCAAGAAGUCCCUUAUGCGUGAUCUGCAGAACCGCUGCGAGAAGGUUGUUGAGCUCGAGAUUCAGCUUGACGAGAUCAAGGAGCAGUACAAUAACGUCAUCCGCAACAGCAACAGCAAGGCUCAGCAGAAGAAGAUGGCCUUCUUGGAGCGUAAUUUGGAACAGCUUACCCUCGUACAGAAACAGCUUGUGGACCAGAACUCCGCUCUGAAGAAGGAAGCGGGCAUUGCCGAGCGUAAAUUGCUUGCCCGGAACGAGCGCAUCCAGAACCUUGAGGCGCUCCUGCAGGACGCGGACCGCCGUCUGGCGAUUCAGAACCAGAAGUUUGAGGCACAGCUGCAGCAGGUGAAGGAGCGCUUGGACCAGGCGCGCGCACAGAAAGCAGCGGCAUCUUCGCCGUUGAGCUUCGGACGCAUCGCCAAGCCGCUACGUGGAGGGGGAGGAGCCGCUUCGGCGAACGCUUCGACGAUGAGCUCGCCUGUUGGUGCGAGCGGGGCAAACCCACUUGCCCGAGUGCAGAAUGACGAGAGCUCCUCGGGAGCGAAGCGGGCCUCGUGGUUCUUCAACUCAUCGCGAUGAAUUAAUUUUUUUUCCGUUUCAUUGCGCUGUGUCUGCAUCAUACCCACUGCCUGUAUCUGUCGCAUGUCGUCAAUGUUGAAUUGUUU